UUGCUUCUUGAGUUGCUGCUGCUUCAUUUUUUAUGGCUUCUUCUUCUUCCACGGCUGUUGAAGUGAGGAAGCAUGAUGUUUUCCUCAGUUUCUGUGGUGAGGAUACCCGGACCACUUUUACCAGCACUUUACAUGGAGUUUUGGAGGAAGCAAGUAUAAAUGUUUUCAUUGAUGAUGAACUUAACAGAGGAGAGGAGAUUUCGUCAUCUCUUAUGAGUGCAAUUAAAGAAUCAAUGAUUUCAGUUAUUAUUUUCUCGAAAGGUUAUGCAUCUUCAAGAUGGUGUCCUGAAGAACUUGUGAAGAUCAUGGAGUGCAAGAAAACACAAAAACAGGUGGUAAUACCAGUUUUCUAACGCAUAGAUCCAUCAGAUGUAAGGAAUCAAACUGGAGUUUUUGGAGAUGGAUUUGCCAAGCUUGUAAGAAGUUUUGAUGAGGACAAGUUAGAGAAGCUACAAAUGAUAGAAGAACAAUUUAAAGACAAGAUUCAGACAUGGAGGAAUGCUUUGACAGACGCAGCCAACCUGUCUGGCAGGACAUCAAAUAAGAGAUCGCCUGAUUAUAAUCUUGCAAAGAAAGUUAUCAAAGAUAUUUUGAAGAUCUUAAAUUUCAUGUCCCCGAGUAGUAAUGACAAGAAAUUAGUUGGAGUAGAAUUAUUCAUUCAAAAAAUUGAAUCUUUACUGAAAUUUGGUGGGCGAAAUGUUCACAUUGUAGGAAUUUGGGGAAUGCGUGGUAUAGGCAAGAUAACUCUUGCAAAGAGUAUGUUCGACAAAAUAAGCAAUCAGUUUGAAGGUUCAUACUUUGCUAGAAAUAUUAGGGAAGAAUCAACGGGUCCUUAUGGACUAACUCGAAUGCAGCAAGAACUUCUUUCUAGAAUAUUAAAGCAUCCUAUCGGCUUCACAAAAGGAAGGCUUGGUCGUAAACAAGUUCUCAUUGUUUUGGAUGAUGUGACUACUUUAGAACAAGUAGAAUCUUUAAUUGAAAUUGGUUGCUUGGGUCCAGGAAGUCGAAUCAUUAUAACAGCAACAGAUAAACAAGUGCUUAGAAAUUGUGGAGUGGAUGACAUCAAUAUAUACAGGAUGAAGGGGCUACCUAAAAAUGAAGCUCUUCAACUUUUUAGUUGGUAUGCUUUUCGGCAAAAUCGUCCCAACAUAGAUUAUGAUGACUUGUCAAAUAGGGUAGUAAAAUAUACUAGAGGUGUUCCACUAGCUCUUAAAGUGUUAGGUUGUUGCUUACUUGGCAAGUCAAAACAAGUUUGGGAAAGUGCAUUACAAGAAUUUGAAAUAAUUCCUCAUGUGGAUAUUCACAAGGUACUAAAAAUAAGUUAUGAGGACCUAAAUGAUAAGGGGCAGAAUAUAUUUCUAGAUAUUGCAUGUUUCCUUAAAUGGGAGAAUAAAGAUUUUGUGGUAGACUUUUUGAAUGCAUAA